AAAAUUCACCAUUUUCUCCACCUCCACCAUUCGUGUUUUGCAUCGUCCGUUGUUGCCGUUAAUCACGAAAUUUUUUAAACUAAAAACCACAAAUUCUGUGAAAAAACGUUACCACUAAUCGAAACCCAUUACCGUAAUUGAAUUUAAGAUGAGUUCUGAAAAAGAAAGUGUUUCUUCUCCGAUGAGCAUCGAAAAGUACUCUCUUGUGCUUGUGGACGUUGCCGGCACAACGACUUCCAUCGACUUUGUAAAGGACACUCUCUUUCCUUUUGUCGUCAAACAAGCUGAACCCUUUCUUCAAGAAAAAUGGGAAGAAGAAUCUAUUAAGGAUUGCAUCAAAUUAAUCAAAGGAGAUGCCGAUUUGGAUCUUGCAGCCGCAGUGGAACGUGUCAAAGCCUUGACCCAAGAAGAUAGCUCCAAUAAAGGUCUGAAGACGCUCCAAGGGCUGAUCUACAAAGAUGGUUACGAAAAGGGCGAACUCAAAGCACACGUUUUUGAUGAUGUUCCUGAAGCUUUUGAAACUUGGGCCAAAAAUCGCCGCGUUGCUAUCUAUUCCACUGGAAGCGUUGAUUCACAAAAGUUGCUUUUUAGUAACACGGUUAAAGGCGAUCUUUCUGCACACAUUUCCAAAUAUUUCGACCAAUCUGUGGGACCUAAGACUGAAGCUGAAAGUUACAAGAAGAUAGCGACAGAAACUGAAGCCAAACCAGAAGAAAUCGUCUUUAUUACUGACGACCCUAAAGAAGCAACAGCUGCUAAAUCUGGAGGACUUGCGGCUGUCCUAAUUAUCAGAGAAGGCAAUUCUCCUUUACCUGAAGAGAUCUCAAAAGAAUUUACAACUAUUAGUUCCUUUAAAGACUUUGAUAAAACUCUCAAACGAAAAAUUGAAGAGGCACCCACUUCAGAGGAGGCGCCACCUUCAAAACUCCCUAAAACCGACGUGGAAGAAAAACCCACUGAAGAGAAAGCAGAGUCAAUGGAAGUUGAUGCUGGUAAGCCUGAAGCCACUGAAACUGCCCAAAACGAGACUGAACAACCAACGGAAAAGACUGAAAAUAAAGAAGAAACCAAGGAAGUCACUGAAUCUGAGGAAAAAAUGGAAACAGUUGUUGAAGAAACAAAAGCAGAAGUAGCAACUGAAGAGGUUAACGCAACAACGGAGCAAGAAAAACCAACAGAAACUGAAGAACCAAAAGAGGUGGAGGCAGCAAAAACUGAAGAACCAAAAGCAGACGAUGCAAAACCUGAAGAUCCUAAACCCGAAGAAGAGAAACCUACAGAAGAGGCACAAGUGCCUGAGGAAAAACCCGCUGAAGAAGCCCCCGAAAAGACUGAAACGGAAGAGGUUAAGGUAGACACAACCGACGCGCCUGUGGAGAACGGUGAAGAAAAAACCGAAGCUGCGGAGAAAACUGAGGAAAAAGAAAAUAAGAGUGUGCUAGCCAACGGUGUUGAGAACGGAAAGGAAGAGAGUGAAACUGUCACAGAUGCGGCUGAGAGCGCUGAAGUCAAAGUCGAUGAGGUUGAAAAGAGCGAUGAAGCCGAGGUCAAAGUGAAAAAACUAGAGGAAAGUGCUGAAAGUAAAACAGUAAGUGUGGAGGUCUAAUAUUAAUUUCUCGUUUGUUUCAUAUUUAUACUGGAUGUAUUGUAAUAUUGUAGUGUUCAAUUUUCUUUUCUUCUGUUAUUUAUUACCAACGUUUCUCUAGAUAUCACAUCUAAACGAAUGUAUUGUCGAGUAAUCGUAAGUUUCUUGGUUUGUACCAUUUGGGAAAUUUCAAUUUUCAAGUGCCAAAAUUUUUAUUGGACUUAAGACUGGACCCAAAGACUGUUUUUAAUCUCACUUUUGUGAUACUCAUUUUUUAAGACUACUGAACAGUAUUAAAUUUGUGUCACUCAUUGUUUAGGUGUUUUGUCCUUAUUUUAGCUAUGUAACUCGCUUUCUUAAUCACAUUCCUAAUGAGUAUACUGGUACGGUUAUUUUUGAUAUUAACGCAUUUACUUAAUUUAGUUUUGUAAAAUAACUGGCUUCCAGUGUGUUCCACUUUUGUUCCAUUUUUAUGGCUCAUGAGAUUGUGAUAUUAAAAAAAAUUGAAAAAUUUGGAAUGCCACAUUGCGUUUUGUGUUUCUUGUGAUUUGAGCUUUUGUUAAGCAAUAGUGAUGGUGUACAGGCCUAAUGUAUAACUACAGUUCUUUGUAUACGUUACUUAGCACCUUAAUAAAAUUUUGUAGGCAUUUUA